UAUAACGCGUAGGCGGAGCUGUAUUCUGUCCGCGAUUGGUGGUUGAAGUUGUGUCUGUGUUUUUGCAGUGCUUGGCUCUGAGUGGCUGUGGUCGCUCGUAUAUAAGAACAAGUCGCCUAGCCCGAUCGGCAGAGAAUAAAGUGCAGGUCAGCGGUGCUGUCGUUAAAUGAUCUGAACCACAGCGCCAUGGAUUUCGAUGAGUUCCGUGCAAGGGGUAAAGAGAUGGUGGACUUCAUGGCAGAUUACCUGCAAUCCAUCGAACAGCGUCCAGUCUACCCGGCGGUGCAGCCCGGGUACUUGCGGCCUCUCAUUCCGGAGAGCGCGCCCCAGGACCCUGACAGUUAUGAGGAGCUGAUGAAGGACAUUGAGAGAGUCAUCAUGCCGGGGAUCGCCCACUGGCAGAGUCCUCAUUUCCACGCCUACUUCCCUGCUGCCAGCUCCUUACCCAGUCUUCUGGGCGAUAUGCUAUCUGGAGCCAUCGGUUGCAUCGGCUUUUCUUGGGCUGCAAGCCCUGCAUGCACUGAGUUAGAGACGGUGAUGCUCGACUGGCUGGGGAAGAUGCUAAACCUGCCUGAAGAGUUCCUCGCUGGGACAGGCAGUGAAGGUGGCGGAGUGAUACAGGGUACAGCCAGCGAAAGUACUCUGGUAGCACUUCUAGCGGCAAGAACGAAGAUAGUUACCCAAAUUCAGGCAACCAGUCCUGAUGUUGAAGAAAGCAUAAUCAUGUCUAAACUGGUGUGCUACACAUCCGAUCAGGCUCACUCUUCUGUUGAACGAGCAGGAUUGAUUGGUGGGAUCAAAAUGAGAAAGCUGUCCUCUGAUGACAAAUUCAGUCUUUGUGGGGAGACAUUGAAACAAGCUCUGGAAAAAGAUAAAGCUUUGGGUCUCAUCCCUUUCUUUCUUUGUGCAACACUUGGCACCACUCCCUCGUGUUCAUUUGACAAUAUUAUGGAGCUCGGACCAAUCUGUAACUCUGAAAAUAUCUGGAUGCACAUUGAUGCAGCCUAUGCUGGAAGUUCCUUCAUCUGCCCAGAAUUCAGACCUCUUUUAAAUGGAGUGGAGUUUUCCAAUUCUUUCAACUUUAAUCCUCACAAGUGGCUUUUGGUGAACUUUGAUUGCUCAACCAUGUGGGUGAAGAAAAGAUCAGAAAUUAUUGGAGCUUUCAAAAUGGAUCCAAUUUAUCUAAAACAUGAUCAUCAAGACUCUGGACUCAUCACUGAUUAUAGGCACUGGCAGAUUCCUCUGGGACGCCGAUUCCGCUCUCUGAAAAUGUGGUUUGUGUUCAGAUUGUACGGAGUAAAAGGACUUCAAGAAUAUAUUCGCAAGCACGUGGCUCUAUCACAUGAGUUUGAGAGCUUGGUACGUCACGAUGAACGUUUUGAAAUUGUUGGUGAUGUGAUAUUGGGACUGGUGUGUUUUAGAAUAAAGGGCACAAAUGAUUUAAAUGAAAAACUUCUGAAAAAGAUAAAUGAUGCAAGGAAGAUUCAUAUUGUGCCAUGUCAACUUCGAGACAAGUUUGUCCUCCGUUUUGCCAUAUGUGGACGCACAGUUGAAAGUAAACAUAUCCAAUAUGCAUGGCAAAUCAUACAAGAGUCUGCCACAAAUCUUCAAAAUGGCCCUCAAUAAUACACAGCAUCUCCAAAGCAGCACAUCUUACCUUGUAAAGCACAUUUGUACUAAAUGAAGUCAUUUUAAUUUUAUUUUCAAUUAUUUGUCAAUUUUAUUGAUCAGAAAUUAUUGUCUAAUAUAACUCUAAUAAUCUUUGACUGUGAUUUUAUGGUGAAUUUUGUUUUGUUAUUUAAUGGUAAGUUCGUCAAAUAAUGAAUAUUUAAAAAAAACAAUUAAAUUACUGUUCAUCAUUUGUGUGUCUUACGCUAUCAUUAUGCUUUAUGUAUGUUUGUAUUUAUGAGUCUGAUUGCUACUAUAUGUGUGAAAGUGAUGCUCAUUCCAUACUCAACAGUAGUUAAUUCUACAUCGAGCCUAACUGUUUGAUGGUGCAAUCAGGAGUACAGAGUUAUUGUUGGAAUACAUUAGGUUUUAAACAUUUAAAAUAUAUUUAUUCAUUGUAAUUGAAUUGCAUUGGAAACCAACCAACCAAUUAACGGUAUCAAAUACACAUUGUAAAUGUUAGACUAUUUACAAUUACAAAAAUAAUAAAUGUUCUGCAAACUCUAAACUGUACUUUACGUUAUUUUUGUGCAUGACUACUAGUUCAAUACUAUGAUUAAUCACUGGUGGUGUUAUCUUAUCCUCAACAUAUCUACUGUACAGACUCGGGUGUUUUGAAAUACAAUCCUGAUUAUUAUUAGUCCAUCAUUGGUAGAUUUGAUUGUGCUGCUUAGUUUUAAUGUUUAACUCUAACAUUCUUCCUUUAAAUUAUUCCUUUGUCUCUUCAAUUUUCAUAUUCUUUAAAACCCACUUCUUUGACCAACCUAUUGGUUACAUCCAAACUAUAUGUUGUCCAUUAACAUUCUUAUGAAUUAUUGCAGGACAUUUUAUAAUGAGUUCUAAACAAUUCGUACCAUGUAUCGACUGCCCAAUGGAUCACCUACCCCUACACCCUUACCAAACUAUUGUAGAAUAAUAAUUACAUAAAUAAAUAUGCAAUAAGAUUGAUUUUUUUUUAUCAGGUUAUAUUUACCUAGCAUUUUACAAUAAAUAUGGCUUAGAAACAGAUCAUUUUAGCCCAUCCAGUCCACCCUGACAGUUAUGCUCAAUUUAAAUCUUCAGUUGUUCCAUUGUGAGUUUACUACUAUCCUCCAAUUAACUUAUUGUCUAUUAUUGUCUGUUCUCUUUUUCCCUUAAUCAUCAUCUCCAGAUUUAAACGUUGUGUUUUAUUCUUACGGUUCAUUAUUAUCCAUUCUCUUUCUCCCUUAAUUAUCACCUGCAGAGUUAAACAUUGUGUUUUAUUCUUUAGCAUAGUUAUAUAAAUUACUUUUCUUUAACUCCCAAGCUUACAUUAUCCUUAUAAAUAAGCUCUAACAUUUUUUGGAUUAGAGAUGUUAAGCAAACUUGUUUGUAAUUGCUGGUGUCCAAUCUAAUUGGAUCUUAAUGUAAGGAAUUUUGGGAAAUUAAAACCAAUACAUCAGCUAUCACGUUGGCAACUUUUGAUUUAGAGAUAAGUUUGGAUUGUCACCUGUGGAUUGUCAUAGACAUCAUCUCCUCUUUUACCCUCCACCUCUAAUUCUAUCAGGAAAUGUUUCUGUCAGUAGGUAGGUACUAGAAAAGGGGUAGAUUUUGACCUCUUGGGAAGUAAGGAAGGACAGGUGACUGAAGUGUUCCAUGGCCAUAAUUUUGUUAAUUUUAAAAUAGUUAUGGAAAGAAAUGUGACUGGUCCACAAGUUAAAGUUUGUGUUUAGUUUGCUGUUUGCCGGUCAGGGGACGACUGAGAAGUGAGAGAUUUUUAAACAUGUUCUUGUGCCUGUUACA